CUCAGGUAUUUUUACACCAAGAAAAUUGACAUCAAUCUGUCAUCAAUCAAGUGUAUUCAUAACCUGGCGUCCAAUUAUGGUGUUACUGCAAUUCGUGAUUACUGCGAUAAACUGUUUUAUAAACUACUGCCCCAGGAUCCUUCCUUCAAACACCAGCUCGAGCUGUAUAACUAUGCCGAGUCUGUGAAAGAUCCUCUGCUGAAAGAGAUUUGUAUGGAGUAUUUCGCUUGGAAUUGUGAAACAUUCAUUAGGUCUCCGAGCUGGUAUGAGGUGACUGGAGAUCAGCUGAACACUCUCCUGCUCAGGUCAGACAUUGUCAUCUGGAAUGAACUGACUUUGUUUAAAGCUGUUGAAACCUGGAUCAUUCACAAGAAGAAAACAGAGCUAACCCAUGAGCUCAUGGAUAAGAUACGCUUUCACAUGAUUGCUCCAGAAGACCUCUCCCGGAUUCAGCUACAGUCAAAACUGUAUGAAGAACAUGAUGGUUUCUUUCUCAAGAGAUUUCUGAAAGCAUUUGAGUUUCAUUCAGUAUCAGUUGAGCAGCUUAACAAAGAAAGGCAUUUCUCUGACCUCAGCUUGGAGCCCAGAAUUUAUAUAUCCUCCGAAUGGAGCGCUGUGUUAGACAUUGACCCAAUCAGCCACAUGCGCUCCUCAUCCUCCAUGUACUAUAACGGUUAUCAGUAUGUCCAUCAGGUCAGCUUCACUCAGCCAUCUUCACCAACCAUUACCUUCCAAACUGCCAGGUUCACCAGCGCCUUCUACAAUUCAGACACUGUAUCAUGGACUGCUCACUACCAUACAAGUUCUCAAAGCUGUAAAAGGAGCAAUGUGCGCUGUCCCUACAAUAUCUAUCCCAUUGCAACCUUAAACAUGAAGAAUCAGAACAAAGAGAGCUCUGUUCAGUACCAAAACAAAGUGCUCCUUCUUUGUAACAACAAUUAUGUAUCAUAUGUGCAUGACGUCAAGGAAGGCAAUGCUAUUCUCCCCUCCUUCAAAGGCCAAGGGCUCUUUUUCUUCGGCUGUGAAUCAGGUUAUUUCUCCACUCUCAAGUUUGCUAUCCGGCCAAUGUACAGGUGA